AUGAGUGAAUUAGACCAGCUUCGGCAAGAAAGCGAGCAGCUAAAAAAUCAAAUCCGGGUAAGCAACUCACUCAGUUUACAUCUUGCUGCUGUUUAAAGUGCAAAAAUGUUUCCGCAGAUAAUACUAUCAACUCGUUCCUUAUAGCGGCCAUUUAAAACUCGUCUUCCCAUCCGCUCAUUCCGGUCGGCCACUGUCAGUUAUGAGAGCCACUUUACACAAGUAUCGAUUAAAGAGGAUUUCUAGCUCCGGACACGCAGUCACGGUAGCUUAGUCAAUAAUCAUGGCCCUACUCGUUAAACACUGGGGUAACUGCAUUGGUUACUAUGAUUAAGGUGUUCUGUUUCUCAAAAAUAAACUUUGAGAGUUAGAUGCUUGUGUACGUCGUUGAAAAUUAGCAACAUUGCAUGCACUGUAGGUAAGCCCAGCCACAUUCUGCCAACACAGUAUCUGACUUUCAGCACCAAGCAUAUCUCUUCACCUGCUCCUGGAAUUCGCAUUUUAGUUUUUACCGACUUUAAGCAUAUUUUUUGUUCAUUUGCUAUGAACGUGGCAGUCGACUUUCUGCCGAUGAAACUACUUGUUCCUUCAGAUAUCUUUACUCUUGAGUUAUAUGUUCACCGUCCACCCCCGUCCCCCUCCCUCCCUACUUUAGGAGGCCCGCAAGGCGGCUGCCGAUACGACCCUCGCUCAGGCCACCACAAAUGUCGAUCCUGUUGGGCGCAUUCAAAUGCGCACCCGUCGUACUCUUCGAGGUCAUUUGGCGAAAAUAUACGCCAUGCAUUGGGCCACAGACUCGCGCAACCUUGUCUCUGCUUCUCAGGACGGCAAACUCAUUGUGUGGGAUGGUUACACAACAAACAAGGUGGGUUUACUGCUUACGUCUCCACAUCGUAUGCGCGCGCUACUUUUCACUCAGAUUAAAUAAGUUCAUUGAUUACAGGCACUCUUUCAAGGAAUAAUUGAUACUGUCAGGUAAUCGGUAGGGUACUUAAUGUUAAUCCUGUUCCGUUACUUUUCUGUUACCUCCGCGAUACUCAUAGACUGUCGGCUUGUACUUGCUAACGGAAAUCCUCGCUGCCUCUAUUUUGAUCCUUUUAGGUGCACGCAAUCCCCCUACGAAGCAGUUGGGUCAUGACCUGCGCCUAUGCUCCAUCGGGGAACUUUGUUGCCUGUGGCGGUCUCGAUAACAUUUGCUCCAUCUACAGCCUUAAAACGCGUGAGGGCAACGUCCGUGUCAGUCGCGAGCUUCCGGGACAUACCGGUUAUCUCUCAUGCUGCCGCUUCCUUGAUGAUAAUCGAAUUGUGACCAGCUCCGGUGAUGUCUCUUGGUAAGUAUCCGCCUGCUUGGUCCACCCACACAUCCACCAACAUAUCAUCCCUUUCGAGUUAAAUAUCUUGAACGACCGUAGACUCCUAUGGUUUCGCCUCUAGAAAGAUCGUUGUUCCUAUAUUUCCAAACUUGUAGUUUUUUUUCUCAGCGGUCCUUAUCACAUUUUCCGCCGUUCCACUACUGAAUCACGUACGCAUGCCUUGUUUGCUGCUGUCGAGAAUAUUUGAAGUCGUGGGUGUGGAGUUUGCUAGUUCGACCUGGUUCCACAACCAAGUGCCGUUUUCCAGUCCUGCCUAGAAACUUUGCCUGAGUCUUUUCUCGACGCCAAUGGGAUGUUCCACCAAUUAUUGGAUUUCGGAUAAACGUCAUUUGCAUCCAGGCAUCUGGUGUGCAGUUCAUAGACGCUACACCUCCCAAAAGUACCUAAGGUCGAAAAUGAUCACUUUAUGCAUGCACUGUCCAAACUGUGGAUUGGGCGCACAUUUCACUCCUCGCGCGGACAUCACAUUGGUUUAGAAGGCUCAUUGAAGUGUGUCGCAAACUGCUCAUCUGCACAUGUUCCAGUUUUUGAUGCAGAGUUGAACGACUAUAGUUUUUGGACACCAAAUCAACGCUGAACAGUCAUGUCCCCUCACGCAAGCAGGCAAGAUCACUAAACGCCAAAAUGCCUGCGAGCUUUGUAUUAAUUAAUACACUUAGUCAGGGUAUCCAUUCCAAUUUUCCUGGCAUUAAGGUAACGCCUUGACCACUCGAUUUCGGGGGGAGGGGAUUCUAUACGUGCGUUUUUAACGACUGGCUGCCACCUGUGGUAUGCGACGAAGCUAUUAAAGCAUAUAAAGUAAAUUUAUGGUCCUCCUUUCACGUAGAAGACUACCUGAGUCGUGUUGCCCUACGCUUAAACGCGGAAGGCAUCCAAAACUAGUACUUAAAUCCUGCCCUGAUACCUAUUCUACAACUAUCCUGUGAUUUAUCGGAAAUGAAUUUUACUUCAAGUUCUCAGCCAAGCAAUAUAAAAUAUUUACGUUUUUCAAAGAGCCGUUAGUGUUAACAUGUGGAUGUGUUUUCCUACAAGUUCUCCUGGUUUUGGACCACCUUAUAUGCAUUUUCACCCAGAAGACUUGACCAAAUGACCUAUUUAAACGCUAUUGCAUAUCGAAUUUCUCUACGACAGGCAACUGAUAAGUGGAACCGUUAUGAGGCUCUUUUGGGAAAACUAGCGUACGCCGAAAAUGGACGCUUUUCAAGCCACGAUCGCAGGCAUGUUGCGGUAAUUUGGCGAUGGUUUUUAUGCAUGCGCAUCUGAUCGAGUAGACUCAAACGAUGUGCAAGUACGGCUUUAAUAGGUCGAUGGACAUGAGAGGUGUUGGCGACGACUACUCUGCCCAUCCGCACCGUGACAGACACAUGGAUGUCUAAGUAUCCUAUGCGGAAGUCGGAUUUCGAGAUGUUGUCUCCAACCUACUCGAUGUACGCUGUACAGGUUCUUAUCGGUCCGCUUUAUCACAGUGGUUGGCAGUGUAAAAAAACUUUGACUAACCUUGCUCAAUGAGUGACCUCGUCAUAGAUGCCCAGGCUGCUUUUUUUGAGAAGCCAGCAAGUCACGACUUGCGUGACCUCGAUAUGGUGUUCUGCACCUACCGUUACCGCAACGUCACCAAACCAUGAUUUCCAACGCGAAAGUGCACUUACGAAUUUCGCCAACUAUCCCGCCAGCUUGUACACACGCUGCAGCUUUGCGAUGAACAUCGCAGGUCUCCAAGGCCAGCUACGUGAACUACCAAGGCCGACGCGGGGGCGGACGGCUUCUUUUUACGUGUCCAUAUGACCGUCUGAGGGUUCAGGAAACCCCACGACGACGAUGAUGCCGCUGGCGCCACCGUUCACGAUUUAUGUAAAUAGUAAACCAAACACCUGCAUGCGCGCUCGUAAUAGCCUGUCUGUGUUUUGGGGCUUAUUUUAUUCUCUACGACAGACUUGUUGACUUAGGAACAUCUGAAAAACAGUGCUCUUCUCACUUACAUUUCCGCUUCGUACAUACAGAGUUUGGAAUGCAAAACUUUAUUUAACUGCUGCACAUCCAAUAUUUGCUUUCAAAAGCACGUGUGCUCCACCGUCGCCACUCUACGACAAAGCCGUGUAAAUUCUCGAAACAUCUGUCCCGAAUUUUAGAUAGUCCAUUGAAGAAGGAUUCCUAGCUAUGGCCUCUGUAGUGAACAGUCAGGCAUCUGAGAUCACAACGCCCAAUUAUUGAUGAGCGUGUUUGCGGAACAUUCCAAAGCCGGAGCGUUCGUGUCAGAUACAAUGAAACCCUUUGUUCCUGUUAAUUUAGUUGCCGGUCACUCGGCGCAUCCAAAGGUGGUGGUGAUUAUUUGAACCACCCACUGACGAAUAAGCAAGCGCGUACCAUGCCGUAGCAGUAUCCUCAGACAUCGCUUGACAUCGAUCGGCCAAGCCGGUUAUUCGUAAAAUGAUCACAGGGGAGUGGCAUUGCAACGUGGCGAAUGGCGCCCGCUGUUCAGUAAGGCCCCCCCCCGCCCCCAUCUCAAGCAGUAGGGUCCCACUCUUACCAUAUUUCCGCCAAUUUUCAUCAGCCUACCAGACUAGUGUCCACGUGGGGGAAGAGGCCUAACAGUUUGCGAGUUCAUUCGCGCCUAAGAUUUCAGAUGAAUUAUGUUUAGUCUCGUCAAAGUGUCUCCUAGAAACUUGUCUUCCUGUGUCUGCAAUCACACACACACACACACAUUGAAACUAGGCUGGGGUGUGCUAUCUACCCGAGACGCAUGCGUUCCCAUUUUCGAUGUGGAAUGUCUUCCCUGAGAGGUAAGUUGGACCAGGGCUUGCCCUGCACCAGUGCCAUUAUCUUUUCCUUCCCACUCUUUGCCCGAACUUAGGCCUGUUGCAGCACGUGUUGAUGCAUACCAUCAACCGAAUCAGCAUUCGAAAACUCAAACAAUCGUAUACGUAGAGUUGCUGCAGUGGUAGUUUCAUCAAAAACAAUCGUAUCAGCUCUCACGUCAGUUGUCAACCUUUCGUCCCUCGACUGCCAGAUCGUGGUAGUACUUUGACUCUCCUUAAUGUCAAGUAUUGUGAAAAAGGGGUGCGUAGUAUCGGCAUGAAUUUUCUUGUUUCCUCUUGUAGUAGGAUGGGUGUGUUCACUAUCGCAACUGACAGUUCGACCGUUGUUGCCGUCGAUGUCCACCGUGUGCCCCACAGCAAGGUGGAGCAGGGACGGUGGCCUGUGCGUGAAUUAGUUUAUAGGGAAUGCAGACUUGCACGACAUCUAUCACACUCCCUCCUCCCUCCCUCCCUCCCCCCCAUCUGUGGGAUCCGAGCCAGGCGUUGGCGGCACGCCCAGGUGCGGCUUCGGCCGUGCCAGCCUCCAAAUCUAUGUUGCGUUGGUUCAAAUCCUGGUUAUUGUUGUGUGGACCAGGGGGUGUGGUGGAACGCCAAGGUGAGGAUCCGUCCGAGCCAUCCACCUGCGGCCUCCCUCGUCUCCGGUCUUCUUGACUCUGUCUUGACACCCGGCCCAGGCGGGGGAGGAGGAGAGAGUGUAGGUAGAUGCUACGCAAGUCUACUGGCACUAUAAACCCCUGCGUAAGUCACCGUCCCUGCUCCCACCGCUGCUGCAGCUGUGGGGCACACGGUGGACAUUGUCGAAAUCGACGGUCGAACUGUCACUCCUGCAUGCAUCUCAGACAUGGGCGAUGGAACCCCCCGAGUAACAUUAAGCGACAGUUGCUUUUUGUGGGGAUUCCGUACGUGUUUUGAAUCCCUUGAGGCCUACGGUAGGGCACAUGUAUCUGAACUAAUUUCCGCCCAAACCCCAUUUCUCCUACGUCGUCGCCCGCAGUACUCCACGUUUAGUUUUGAUUGCAUUCUAUUCAAUUGUCAUCCUUUCGUUCAUAAAUUUCAGAGAAUUAAAUAUUCGUCUCCGCGCCAGCUCUGUUGUAAGCGUGUCGACUUUUUUGCCCACUAACCCGCCUCGUCUGCCUAACCACUUCUCACCGUGUUUUCUCGUCCUUGUGCCUUUGCGUGUUUGUGCUCUGCUAACUAGUCGUUUGCCUACAUGUAAGCCGCCAUGUUCCCACAUGGUCCUCCAAGGAUGGUAGUUUUCUCUAAACCACCUUGCCACCGAAUGUCCUUCUUUUCGUCUUCACUUUUGUGCCUUUUGUUAGAAAUCUUGGUAAGGUGUGGUUGUGUAGCCGCGCCUGAUGGACACAAUACUGUUGGCCUACUUAAUUAUCUUAAGUUGGUAUUAUUGCGUUGGCAUGCUGUUGCUGUACGUUGCGGUGUGUGUUCUGUUGGCGGCCCUGUUUUUGUUGCCGUGUCUGCCUUUCUUGGCUCAAUGCCGGUGGUCCUUCUUGACUUUCGACCUGUCGUCUCCAUCCUACUUUCGCGUUGGGUGUUUCAGGGUUAGGAUUUAGGGCUGCGGUUAAGGUUAGGGUUAGGGUCAGGGGGUUAGAGCAACUAUUUCUCAACCACUCAGGGUACAGCCGCGCAUUAGCAAUAGCUUUUCUUUUGCAUACAAUUACUUGACCCCGUCGCCUGUGCGUUGCCCGGCCCCACCUGUAAAAACCCCUAUUACCACCGGCCCCGUAUUACAGGUGACUUGGGUUUGCUUACCUCAGGUGCGGCUACAUAACCACAUCUGACCGAAAUCUUUUAUCAAACUGAACCUCCCUUUCCCUUUUUGCGCUUCAACCGGAAGAAUAGGCGUUGUUGCUGCUAAACCAAGGUCAUGCGCGAUAUCCUAGAUGAGGAAGUAAACAUAUCGUGUCAUGCUUAUUUUCACUGCUUCACUCACCGUCCCCUCCCCCCGCCUCCCAUUUUGACAGCGGUCUCUGGGAUAUUGAGACAGGACAGCAGAUCUGCGCCUUCACUGGACACACUGGCGACGUCAUGAGCCUGAGUCUCUCUCCCGACAUGCGCACUUUUGUCUCUGGCGCCUGCGACGCAUCCGCGAAAGUGAGUCCACCCCACGCGCGCCCACGGCCUUCAUGACUCCCUAUUUCUGCCUGUUAUUCCUUUAUUUUCUCCCUCCUCGGCUAACUGUGAACCCUGCCCUUGUGGCACUUUUUAAACGACUGCGUAGAACUUCUGGACCUAGCUGCCGUAGAAUAUGCUUUGGUGGUAAGGGUUUAUUAUUAUUAUAGCGGGGCUUGUGGACACACCAAGCCACGAGCCUGGCGUCCUACCGUUGAGCGAGUGGUGUUGUGGAUUGUAAAGCCGCCCCAAUCGCCAUCGUUUACGGGUCCAUUUUCCGUUAAAGGGUAGUCGUUGGCGUUCCCAAUACCACAGUCUUGCUUUAUACGACUGUAGUCAUGCCUGAUCUAGCUGGCUUCGCACUACACUUCUCCAUUCACAGUGGAUCCGGUGAGCUCGAAGCGAUCUGGUGGAAACCGAAUGCCAACGGAUUGCCAAUCGCCCUGACGGACAGCAUCGAGCCAGUUUUCGACACACUAUCUCUCCCCUUCUAGCCAGGGCGCCACUGGAUUUAGAACGGCAGGCCUGAGUGGAUAAAAUCGGGCGAUGGACUUGAUGAACUGUUCUUAAGCAACUUUAAAGCUUACUCUCGUCUUGUACGCGCACAGCCAGUUGUUGGACAGUUCGUUCUUCGCAAACCAUGUCAAAAGGACGCAGUUAUUGGUCUGUGCUCGAGUUUGUCCAUCUCCCUCUCUCUCUCCGUUUCCACUGAUAUGAUACAAUGGAGGCGACCCUAAAUAAGCUCGAUGAGUGGUUGAGUUAGACAUCCCGUCUACGUAUGUCAUACGUUACAGUCUCCAAUUCCGCACAUAUUAGACCCCCAUGAGGGACCUCGGCUCUCGUAUAAGUGACGAUGCCAUGAGGGUCGUAUUAAGGAAAAGCCCCUGCGGCCUUCUCCCAAGUCCUGAGGAAGACCACUGUAUCCCGCCAGCUGGCAACCUUCCAGCACGUCGUGACGACGUAAACCAGGUUACUGUGUUGAGGGUUUCGAAGAUUGUCAUGAGAGGAGGUACUUCCGUAUUGGCUCAUGUUUCGCGCACCAGUGGCUUGUUUGAGCCAUCCAGCUGGCUGGCAAUCAGAAUAGGCGCAGUGGAUGAAGUGGCGUAAGCAUCCGUCCAACGCAUGCCACACGGGUUAGGCGGCAGCAACCUAGGACGCAUACAGACUCAACUCUGCUCGACUAAUGAGUUGAUGGGAUCUUGGCCAAAAUGCCUGGUUGGUAGCUGUGUCUACUCUUAUCUGCAUUUAGAACAUGACGGGUGUUGGAAGGGUUAUUCAGACCGAUCCUCCCCAGUAUACUCCAGUUCUCCGACAUUGCAGACGCUCACCAGGUCUUCGAAGUUACCCUUGAUCGCGGAUAGAAGCUGGCGACGUGCUGUAGCCCGCGUAGAUUAAGGUGGGAUCGGUGAUCGAUCACUGCUGGGAAAUACGGUUGCCUUUCUUCCACCUUAACAGCGAAGCGUUGGGGAUAAAUCAACUGCGGUUUGUGUUGGGGUUUUCCCUAAGUUUUUAGGGAAUGGUAGUUGUUUCAGUUUCCCAUGCAUUCAUGAUCACCACACACGCGAUACAUCCGGGAGAUUGCUUCAGCUUUGCGUUCGUGGCCGCAGCCUCGGUGAUAAUUUUCGGAACAUACAUGCAUCUGCCAGUUUAACGGACAAGACGAAUGGGCAACGGGUUGUGUAUCGAGAAAUGGGACUCAUUUACGUUUCUGUUCGUCAUAACGGCCGACCAACGAAGUCGCGCGCUUCUCACCCCUGUGGUUCUCGCACUUAACAGUCAAGUGCACACUUUUAUCAAGUACGCUUAUCUGACUACUAAUCGAAGCUCCCAGACGCUAAUCAUGUAACUCGGUAAUCGCGCUGCUCCUUUUUUACUCUCAACUUUUGUGCCAUUGUGCAGCUGUAAACUCCGGUUUAUGUCCAGUUCGUCUCCCCACUCCUACGGUCAAUCCAAACUACUUCCUAGACCCCGUCUGUCAUCUCCCGCGAGAGGCGUUGGCACUUGUCCAGUCUUGUUUCGUAUACACGCAUCUCGGGGGCAUUUAACUUCUACAGCCUAGACACGGCCGCUUCUGUUGCGCGUACUUAUUUCUUCCUGUGGUACCGUGUUUUCUCUGCAAACAUACACGUGCUGUAAUUUGCCCUGCGCGACGGCCGCUCGCUUGCGCGAAAAGCUUGCCCCUGCCACAGAUCUUCGUGCCUGCAGCAGCAGCAGCAGCAGUAGGCGAUCUUGCCUAGAGCGCACCCGCGCUUGGACCGUCGUCAUUCACGCUGCCUUUUCCUCCUCUACCGCCGCCGCUCCCUUUUGGGUGUGUGUGGUAUGGACGCGCUAGCAGCGCGGGGAUGCUGCCGCGCGCGUGUGUGUGCUCGUGCCGCCGCCGCCACACGCUACGCUGCUCCGGCCAUCGCCUGCUAUAUGGAUUUUUCGCACGCGCGCCGUGACGACGACGACGAUAAGACGCGCACGGUGCUGGCGGACGCAUUUUGGUGCAGACGUGCCUGCGUGCUGACAGCGCCAGUGGCAGCAGCAGCAGCAGCAGCUACACAGCGCGUUUUUGCGCAUCCCGUCUCCUCUCCUACCUUUCCCUUUUUAGCAGACCUCUUCCAUUGGCCAGUCGACAGCAAGGCGCCGUUUCGCGUUCUCCCAGCUUUUGCGGUGCGUCCGCGCGCGCGCGCGUUACUGUUGCUGCCGCGGCUUCGUCAUCGUCAUUAUCACCACCACCUCCACCGCAGCCAUCGCGUCGUCAUCCCGCCCGGUUCCCCAGCUCGUUGUGAAUGCUUCCUGCUCGCUUUUUCUCCCUUUCGCCUUCCUACUGCGCAAGCGGACUCGUGUGGGUUUGCGUCAGGGGAAGACCUCCACUCCUUUUUAGUCUGCCAGGCAGUUAUCCCCCACCAAUCACGUUUGUGUCGUCGUGCCGUGUGUCUGGCGACGACGGAGGAGGAGGAGCAGGAACUAAUGUUGUAUGCGUCCGUUUGUGGGAGCAAUUAUGCUGCUCUUACGCUACCAGCUCUAUUCACCCCUGGCUGGCGCCUAGCCAGGCAACGUUGCAUUCGUUUCUUGGCAUGUCUAUGCGCACGCGCCGAUGCGUCAGUGGAGUAGAAGAGAGGGUGGACGAUAAUACGUUAGUGUCGUAGUGGUGCCGCCACGGUUGUUUUCCAGCUCAAAGUGUGAGCCUAAGCGGCAGCGCGUUCUCGUAGGGCCUUCGCUAUACUAAACCGCUACCGGCUGACGUCUGGAUACCUUAUUCUACUAUGGGGUGCUGGGGACUUCUGCCGCCACUCCGUGGGCCAUCUAAGUAUCAUGUGACGAAUCCGUUGGGGAGUAGUGCUCUGCCACACGUUGCCUCACUUUAUGCAUGCAAACUCAUUCCUCGCAGUCUGCCCUCAUGUUAGCUCUUGGCGUCUUGGUAUUCAUCAUAGAAAGUAGUCGCAUUGGUCUCGCAUAAUUGUUCUCAAAAUGCAGUUGCAAAACUAGAUGUUUACCCAACAGGCAGUCGCCAUGAACACCGUUCGAAAGGGGUCCGCAGCCUGAGAUCAUUGAGGCAUUGUUUUAUUUCAUAUCCCGUAGUGAUCGUAACGUCUGCGUCUGGUCAGUGUUACUGGACCACUCCUCAAGCCGGUAUGACCUGAAAACCCCUGAUCAUUGUGAAGUUACAUUCCGUCAAUGGAAUGAGUCGACCCUUGGAGGGUUCUUCAUUUCAACACAUUUGUUAAGUCCCCGCAUUCGUCGCCACCAGCCCGAGCAAAUCGACUACGGCGUAGAUGCGUCAGAAGACCGGUCAUAGGAACAGAGUUGGCUUCAAUUAGGGAGUUUCUGAAGCAAGUGAAGAAACCAGACCGCAACACAACUCACGCCUACUAUGAAGCCUCAGGUUUGAAUGCCCUAGCUCGUGGUUUCCUUGGCUGAUAAGUCCGUUUAAACGCCUCAUCCUGCAUCCUUUUUGCAGCGGGUCUAGGGCACUCCUAAAGUCCCCAUAUGUUUCGCAAUCCACCUGCCCCUCCCCCCCCCCCGGAUUCUGCGUCUAACGCUAAAUUCAAGGCUUCUGUCCCCCCCUCCCUCCCCCUGUAUUCAACUUUCUUAUACCCGUUCUGUUCUCACUUUAGCUUUGGGACAUCCGAGAUGGGCAGUGCAAGCAGACCUUCCCAGGACACGAGUCGGAUAUUAACGCAAUCACCUUCUUCCCAAGUGGUUAUGCCUUCGGCACUGGCAGUGAUGAUGCUACCUGUCGUCUCUUUGACAUUCGCGCAGAUCAGGAGGUGGGCUUGUUCAGUCACGACAACAUUAUCUGUGGCAUUACAAGCGUAGCGUUCAGCAAGAGUGGUCGUUUACUGCUCGGUGGCUACGAUGAUUUCAACUGCAAUGUGUGGGACACUCUGAAGCAAGAUCGCGCUGGUGAGCGUUUAUUCUGCACUUUCCAUCCCCCCCUCCCUAAACAAUUCGCCUGUAGUUGA